UCAAAAUUUUUUAUUAGAAAAUAACUAUAAAUUUUUGAACUGGACAAUUUUUUUGUGUAAUUUGCAGAGUAUGAAUUUUGAAUGAAUGUAAUCAUUGCGCCAUCUAGUAAAAAACAGUUUCAAUCGUAUUUAACGAUCAUUAGUGAUAUUAUCGAGAGUGGCGUUGUAAUCGCGGUGUUGAUUACGUUCGGGCGAGUGCGCUACUAGCGCCAAAGCAUCAUUUUAUCCUUGUUUCAACUUUGUUAUAUGCAUUCUGUCAAAAGUGUCACUCGUAUGUGUAAAUUUGACUUUUUCAAUAUUAUGUGUUAAGUUAAUACCGUCCGCAAAUAAAACGGACACAAUGACGGAAAUAAUUGAGUUACGUCCUGAUAAAAAUUUGAUGAACUCUUCCUUUGAAAAGUAUCAAUUUUGCACCGAUGUCACCCCUAUAAUUUCUGAAAUCAGCCUAAAGAAACAUGUAUAUAGGUUAGAGCCAAACCAAAAUCAGGAAUCUUGGUUAGAAGCGAGACUGUUCGCAUUUCACAAUCAUUUGUAUAAAAAUGCUCACGACAUGUCGUGUUGGUUUAUUGACGAGGAUUUGGCUGUUUGGCGCUUCGAUAAGAACAAUUCCUUUGACAAAAUGCACAUAUUACGUGCUGCGAAAGCUGAAUUAUCAAAGAUGACGUAUAACCCAUCUAUUGGGUUUACUUCUAAUGAAAUUUCAGCAAUUUCUGAUGGUGGUGAGAAGCUGGAUAUCUUAAUAGGAAAUAAGAGACAGAAUGUGAAAGUAUUUACAGCGGAUCCUGUAAAACCUGGGGUUAUUAUGAAUGUGCAACAUGUACAAAAAGGCUCAAGAAUUAUUGUAACCAUGUGUGCCAUUGCUAACGAUGAUCCAAAGAAAUAUACACAGCUCACAUUGCUGUCGUAUAACUUAGAAUUUGUAGAAAACGAAGUGAAAAAUAUUACUUACAUUGACAGACAGAUAUUGAAGGUACAGGGUACUAUAGAUUAUGCCUAUGUGGAAGAGAACGGCAAUUAUCUGCAUUCCAUUUGCCAAGAUAAUAUCAGUUUCGAUGAGGGAGAUGUACAAAAGUCUGAGAUAAAAGUAGAACAACCGAACAUUGAUUCGCAAAUAAAAAUACCAAAAUAUUACUGGUCGCAAGAUGAAGAUUCGCUCACUGUUUGGGUUAAAAUACCGAAGCGGUGCAGUGCUGAACAACAACCCAAAAUAAGCGUCAAGCCACUGGAAUUGUGCGUUGCGAUAGGCAAUGAAAUUUUGAUACAAGGGAAGUGCCAACACAGAUUAGAGGAGAAUAUGGCAACUUGGAGGCGCAAAGAGGACACGUUGCAGAUCGAUGUGAGCAAAUACGAAAGUGGAUUAAUGUGGAGCGAACUAAUUAAAGGUGACACGGGAGGUGAACGUCUGCCAAAUGAGACUCUCGCCGCAGAGAUUCACGAGAGGUUAGCACACCUGUGCACGGAUCAGCAAAGUGACAAUAGCAGGGAUCAACCUUGUGUGGGCUUCAAUGCCGAACAGUUGGAGGAGUGCGAUCUGGAGGGUAGAGAUAACUUUCUACAGAGGAUCGAUCUUUCCACACGGACGACCACACACUUAGCCAGAUUGGGAAGUAAUAAUCACGUAUUGUUCACAUGCGAGAGGAAACACGGGCAAGUGAUAUGUCUGAGGCAUGAUCACGAUGCCUGUGUUUGGAUGACGGAUGACACGUGUGACGAUGGCACCCGAUGGGACAUGAGGCAUAUUCACAACUUUCCUGGGUUCGGCUAUGUCGAAGCUAGUAAAACUAACAAGAAAUUCUGCGUAGCUCCAAUUAACGGUUCGUACAUAGCUAUAGCGGAACAUGCGAGGCAUAUAUUCUUGUAUGAGAAACCCGAUAUCGAGGCGAAAACCUCCAAACAAAGGAUUAUAGAUCUUUCUUACGAAAGCUCACCGAUUAUGGGUAUCGUUGCUAUGAAGACGUACUUGAUCGUUCUUUUGACGGACAAAUUAUAUUGCUUACAGAUUCCUAAGUGAUACUUUUCCUGCGCACACUUGCAACUGGAAUAAAUAUUGUUGCAAGAAAGAGCACGACCGACGUGACUUUUAAAUUAUUUAUCAUAAAAAUUACGACAAAUUUGUACAUAUAGUUUUUCGUUCGAGUUCAGCUCCAUUUAUAUAAAUAAAUAUUGAGGGUUUUUGGCUUAAAAAUACAUUUGA